AUCGUCCAAACAACAUGGAGCUGGAUAAUGUGCGAGGUGAUGUGGACGACGGGUAUCAAAGUGUCAAGAUGCCUCAUAGGCGAACAUCUGAUCACACAUAUCAGGGGCUGAUGGCGAUUAGAGGGAACGAGCCAACAUCCGAUGGAGCGUAUGAAGAUCUGAAGGAACCGUCAGAGUUUGCCCGUAGCCAACUGAAUAUCAAAGAGGAACUUGGGCAAGGAGAGUUCGGGAGUGUUUUUAAGGCAGACGCCUGGAAAAUAUCAGGAAGCGCAGGUGUGACAACCGUGGCUGUCAAGGAACUGAAAGGUAUGACAAGUCCAGCUGCUUCGACUGCAUUCUUCAAGGAACUGGCAGUACUGAAGCUUCUUGGAACUCAUCCAAAUGUCGUGUCAUUUCUUGGCUGCUGCACAGACACAGAUCCGUUCUACCUGCUGCUUGAGUACGUGUCCGGAGGAAGUCUGCAGUCCACCCUCCGCACCAGCCGGACCCAGCAGACAUACGGGAACUUACACGGCGGCAGCAAGUCCCUCUCCUCACGGGACCUCACCAGGUUCGCCUGGGACGUCGCCAAGGGGAUGACCUUUCUCUCAGCAAAGAAGAUUCUCCACCGUGAUUUGGCGACUCGAAACGUUCUGGUUUCCAAAGACAAGACCUGUAAGGUGUCAGACUUCGGCUUCUCACGGGAGGGGGAUGAGUACGAGAGGACCACCAAGACCCGUCUGCCUAUCCGCUGGAUGGCUCCCGAGUCGCUGUUCCACCGGAAGUACACUACCAAGACGGACGUCUGGGCCUUCGGAGUCCUGCUCUGGGAAAUCGUCACUCUCGGUGCCACUCCGUACCCUGGGAUGUCCAAACGCGAAGUUAUGGACGGAGUUCAACAGGGAUACAGGAUGGAAAAGCCGCCACACUGUGACCAGAAACUCUACACCCUGAUGCUGAGCUGUUGGAAUGCCGACCCCGCCCGGAGGCCAGAGUUCCGCAAGAUUCAGCGGACCCUGGAUACGCUUAUGGAGACUGAACAUGACUACAUCAAUCUGGCAAGUCUGGACGAGAACACCUACCAAAGCCUGCAAACUGCAAUGGACGAGAAAUACUAAAACACAUGAAGUAACAACAGGAGAGCCAGCAUAGAGAUAUUCGUGUUUUGUUUGUUGUAUCAUCUGUAAACUUUGUCUGUUUUACUGGAUGGUUAGUUGUUUUGUCAUGAGUAGGAUACCUUCUGGUAUGUCCUGACACAAAACAUGUGAUUGAAGUAGAAACAAAGCACCGUCAAUAGCAGAUUGAUGAGGAUACUAUAGCUUCAAAAAUAUUGUAGGAAUUGUCUACGUUUUUUGACAAAAUUUUUUAGUCUUUCAUUAUUGUUUUUGUAGUCUAGAGUUCACCAAAAACUAUUUUAACCAGACAUUUCAAACAUUACGUUUAUUCCGUAUUUGAAAAUUGAAAAAAUGCACAACGUAUCAAAUUAUAAGUUUAUCACUUAGUCAACUCCAGUACACUGGUGGCUGUUGUCCUUGGUGCUGAUGCG